UGUGUGAAAGUUCAGAAUCAGCCCAUUUCUGAGAACAAUAAAAGGAUAUUAAAUUCCUCUCUUCUCUGCAGAACCAGCCAUGGCUGCUGCGAAUCCAGCACAACUGCUCCUAGCUGAACUGACUUGUUCGGUGUGUCUGGAUUAUUUUAAAGAUCCAGUGUCUGUAGAUUGUGGGCACCACUUCUGCCAGGCCUGCAUCACUCAGUGCUGGGAGGAACUGAGUACAAACUUCCCCUGUCCUGAGUGCAGAGAAACCUUCUCCCAGAGAAACUUCAAAGCAAACAGACAGCUCAGGAAUAUUGUAGAAGCUGCCAGAAAACUUACACUGGAGUUAACAAAAGAACCAGAAGUUGGGACAGUCUGUGAAAAACACCAGAGGUCUUUAGAUGACUUCUGCCAAGAGGAUCAAACACUCAUUUGUUUGGUUUGCCACCUGUCCCGAGAUCACAGAGAACACACUGUGGUUCCCGUAGAGGAGGCUGCCGAGGAUUACAAGGACCAAAUUCAGAGCCGUUUGGAGAUUUUGAAGAUAGAGAGAGACGCGAUUCUGUCGUUUAAAUUGAGUGGGGAAAAUGAAAGCCAUGAAGUGCUGGUAGGUGCCGUUAUUACUCAGAAGCAAAUGUGCCCACGGCCAUUAUCAAUACACGGCUUAGUCUGA